UUUCUUCGGGAAGGUGAGAGGUUUCGUAUCGUCUGCUUUUUACAUCCGAAUCCUGUUCUUUCUGAACGAAUGUUUGGCGCAGGAUUUUCCAAAAGGUUCAGGAAUAUAUUUGGUGCUUCCCUGCGUAGCCAUAUGCGAGAGAGCCUAACGGUACGAGUGGUGUGAAGCCCCGAUAUCUCGGGACGAAUUUGGUUGGGGAAUUUCCUGUCGUCUGAAGUCGGGGCGCUUUGUGAACGACAGAAAUUAUAUUGAGCUGUAGACCAGCGCAGGUCAAGCCGAGACUGAGCAACCUAGCCAUGGAAGCCUAAAUCGCAAAAAAAUUAUCCAAGAUACAGACAUGCUGAAGUGGUGGAGAGUCUGAGACAUCGACAGCGCCACCAGUAGCUGGGAGGACCCAUUCCGCAAUACAGCAGGACUAUUCCCGUUGCUGAUUUCCUCCAUGGGCAAGUGCUUGUCGCACUGUGUGGACUCCAACUCCACCGAGUCCCAGAGGAGCCAACAGUCACACAAUGGGAAACACCGCACCCCCACCCCACCCAGCUACUACAGCUCUGUGCAGAAGGGCCAGUCUGUCAGGUCUGCUCCAUCAGACGGCUCUCAUGAGGAAUACUACACAAAUGGCUCCUCCCACAAGGAGAUGAGGACUUCUGAAAAAAGGUCCCCAUGCAUCCUGCCAAGCUGCCAACCAUCUCAUCCAUUCAGAGGACCAGCAAUAACAACCUGAAAACAAUCUCCAUCUCCCCUCCGGAGUACUCUGAGACCAGGAUCCGUAAACUGUUUGACAAGUACAAGGACGAGCAGGAGGACUGCAUCCUGGCUGAGGGGGUGGAGCGGUUCUGUCAGGACCUCGGCGUGGAUCCCGCCGAGUUUAUCGUGCUGGUGUUGGCGUGGAAGUUUAAUGCGGGAACGAUGUGCAAGUUCAGCAGGGAGGAGUUUGAGGGAGGCUGCAGGGCGCUGAAGGUCGACAGCAUCAAGGGCAUCCAGGCGUCCUUCCCAAGCCUCCUGCAGGAAGUCAAGGACGAAAGCACCUUCAAGGACUUGUACAGAUGGACAUUCCAGUUCGGCCUGGACUCGGACCAGGGCCAGAGGUCCCUGCCAAUAGACAUGGCCCUGCCGUUGUGGCACCUGGUGUUCUCCCACAGACCGCCGCCGCUGCUCCACCGCUGGUUCGAAUUCCUGAAGGACAGUCAGGUGCGGGGGAUCUCGCGAGACACGUGGAACAUGUUCUUGAACUUUGUGGAGGUGGUCGGCGAGGACUUGAGUACUUACGAUGACACAGAGGCAUGGCCAAGUCUGUUCGACGACUUUGUUGAUCACGAGCACCAAAAGGAAAAACUAGCCAAGGAGAAGGGAAUGCAGGAGCAUGAGGUCUAGAGAACAUUAAUGUCUAAUGGUGAUCAACAUGCUGUCUUUUGUUAAUGUACUUAAUCUGCACUUGUAUUGGGCUGGUGUAAAUAUAGCUGCAAUGGGGUGCUUUGGAAAUAUGUGUGGCAAUCUUUUACCGUCAGAGUUCAAGAGAAGUCUGUGCAUGAAAUGCUUCAUAUUGUUUAUUGGACAAAUGGAUGUGAAGUGAUUUAGCACCCCAUACUUUGUAAGGCCUUUGAAGUUUUUAGACCACCAUGUUUUAUAAUGAUGUAUCAUUUCUUGAAAUUUUUCCCACAACAAAAUGUUUCUGCAAUCCAUGGUCUGUACAUGGCCCUUGUGAUUCAAAUCAGGGGAAACUCCAAGUAGCCAUCCACAUAUUGCUAACAUACAUACCAAUAAGAACUGAGUUCAAGUAAGUCAGUUAUUAUCUGGUAAUUUGAUGGCGUAUUGCUUAUUUUUACCGACAUCUAACGUUAGUAACAGUGAAAGCAUGCCAAGCUCUCUUGUACCUAUAACAGUUACAUGUACAGUUGGUCCUGUAGUCCCAGCUCAAGGCUUAUGGACUCAAGAACAUUUUCUGCACAGUAUAACAUCUUGACGAAAAUAGGAUUGUUUACUCUGAACAAGGAGGUAUUCAACCUCCUUGCUCUGAACUGAAAGAACAGACAAAUACUUGUAAUUCUGGCUACUGGUGGUGCUGCUCUUUCCUACAGUGUAGCAUGGAUUUAUAAUCAAUAUAUUACUGUGCUUUACAUUUGGCAUGGUACAAACAUAUGUAUGUAUGACAAGACAGCUCCAUAUGAGAACAACUUACCUUGCAUUCUACCAAACAGUUAAACACACAGAUUCAAGGGAAUUUUCCCCCCACAAAUUUACACUGACAAAGUCUGAAUUGCUUGUUGCAAAGAAGGAUGUUUUAGAGUUAGAGAAAUCAUCUGUUAGAUCAAGAUUGGAUAAAGCAUUGCUAAUGUUGCAAUAUAUUUUUGUGUUGUAAAGUAGAAGUUGUAAUUGUAAUGUGCUAUCACCUUGGCAGGAUAUUGCCUGAAGCAGCAAAGAAACUUUUUAUGUAUGUAUGUGAUGCCUUGCUCAAUAACAGCACUAUAUGUAUGUGUAUUUAGAAGCCGUAGCUUUGGAUUGAAAUGUUUGUAAAUCUCAAUGAAAAUGCUGACAAUGUAAUGUUGGAUAGGUCGUUUCAGGUCCUUUGGUAACAUUCCUGUAAUAUAUUACGAGUGAGAAUUAAGCAUCUUAGCUUCAGUAUGUAAAUAUGAUGUGGCCACUAUUUUAUGUGGCUAUAGAAGGUACAGUACUGUAGAACUCUCUAUUUGUAGAUGUUGCCUAUAUUAAGAAUUCAUUCAGCAUGAAUGAGUUAUCUCGCUGUCCUUUUUUUAGCAUUUUUCUCUCCUAAUUUUUAUAAAAGCCUGUGUGGUCUAGUAUGCAUUUCUGUGGUUUAAUAAUUGUUAUCACUGUGUAAGAGUAUUUGUAUUGGAAAACUUAAUUUUAUUUUAAGAUUUCUGACAAAAUGAUCUUCAACAAACUCGACAUUCAAGUUGAUCACCAAGUACACUGACUGGGUACUGAUGUUUGACCAGUUACAGUGGACUGAUUUCCAGUCAUCCACCAUUGGUGAAGAGCUUUGUGCUCUGCUGAUAUAGUAGCAGUAGAGACAAUUUUUUUUGUUUGGCUACAUGGUUAAAAUGGAAAGAUAAUUCAGGUCAACUGUUUUACAUACUAUUUUAACUUAAUUUAAUUUUCCUGUACAUUGCAAGUAUUGUUUUUACAGAAAGUAGGCAUGAUGCCCAAGUAUUGUGCUAAUGGAUGCAUGUGUAGAAGAAUAGAUAGCAUUUGUUGUGCUGGUCAUUUCUUUGUUGUUUUGAAGAACCAACGAUUUUGAAAUAACGAUUAAUUGCUUAUUGAUUAGGACCUGUGAUAUUAAGAUGUGUUAUAUUAUAUGUAAAGUUACAAGUAUGUACAUGUAUCAGUAUUUGAAAUGAUACCCAUUAUCAUGUAUUAAUGAUUAUUUUGUUGACUUACCGCAAGGUUAUUUGCUAGCCAGCAUACAUGAAGUGCAGUCAUUUUGUUUAAGUUCCAAGUUAAAUGAAUGUAUAUGAAUCCUGUGUUUCUGUAAGUGGCAAUAUGCAAUCACAAACUGCACCCAGUGAUCUCUGUGUGGAAAUGUUUGAUGCUGCUGUGUCAUAAGCGUGUAUCUAGUCUUCAGAAUUCAGAGCAAUUAAUAAGCAAGGUCUCGACAUCUUUAUGAUAAAUUCAGAAGAGUAAGAGAAGUCUUGGAGGCUAAUCAAACUUCUGUUGCGUCUGGCCUGGCAAUAUUUGACAUGGUGAGUUUUGCUGUCCUUAGCAUUUUUGAAGAAUUUGGCUCUCCAGUCUAGCUUGCACUCUAUCUACAAGUUUAAUGUAUGAAGAGAUAUGUAUACAUCCAACCAUUCAAAAUUUGAGAAUUUAUCUGUCUGCAAACACAUCAGGUGAUGUAGCCAGCAUGCCAUAUAGCUGGUUGUUGACCCCUUUGUCAAAACAAGAACUACUAAGAAUUUUCUGACUAUUUUUACUAAUAAUUGGUCUGAAUUCUUAAUGCUUGCUACAACUAGCAUGGCAACCCUGUGUGCACUAACAUCAGCUUUCAUGUUCAUAUGUACAUGCAUGUGCAAAAGCUUGAACAAUUAAACCACUCACAUCAUG